CUGCUGUCCCCAGGCCUGCGCAAUGCCCCGCGCUGCUGGGACGUGAUCCAGCCCCUGCUCUGCGCCGUCUACAUGCCCAAGUGUGAGGAUGGGCAGGUGGAGCUGCCCAGCCAAACCCUCUGCCAGGCCACCCGGGCCCCCUGCACCAUCGUGGAGCGCGAGCGGGGCUGGCCCGACUUCCUCAAGUGCACCACCGACCGCUUCCCCGAGGGAUGCCCGAACGAGGUGCAGAACAUUAAGUUCAACAGCUCGGGGCAGUGUGAGGCGCCGCUGGUGAGGACAGACAACCCCAAGAGCUGGUACGAGGACGUGGAGGGCUGUGGCAUCCAGUGCCAGAACCCGCUCUUCACCGAGAAGGAACACCGCGAGAUGCACGUCUACAUCGCCGCCUUCAGCUCCGUCACCAUCUUCUGCACCUUCUUCACCUUAGCCACCUUUGUUGCUGACUGGAGGAACUCCAACCGCUACCCUGCUGUCAUCCUCUUCUACGUCAACGCCUGCUUCUUCGUGGGCAGCAUCGGUUGGUUGGCGCAGUUCAUGGACGGCGCCCGCGACGAGAUCGUCUGCCGGGCUGACGGCACCAUGAGGCUGGGGGAGCCCACCUCCAAUGAGACGCUCUCCUGCGUCAUCAUCUUUGUCAUCGUCUACUACUCGCUGAUGUCAGGUGUCAUCUGGUUUGUCAUGCUGACCUAUGCCUGGCACACCUCCUUCAAGGCGCUGGGCACCACCUCCCAGCCACUGCUGGGCAAGACCUCCUACUUCCACCUCAUCACCUGGUCCAUCCCCUUUGUCCUCACUGUGGCCAUCUUGGCUGUGGCGCAGGUGGAUGGUGACUCUGUCAGUGGCAUCUGCUUCGUGGGCUACAAGAACUACCGCUACCGGGCCGGCUUCGUCCUGGCGCCCAUCGGGCUCGUCCUCAUCGUGGGGGGCUACUUCCUCAUCCGGGGUGGGUGCCAGCUCUUCUCCAUCAAGAGCAACCACCCUGGGCUUCUGAGUGAGAAGGCAGCCAGCAAGAUCAAUGAGACCAUGCUGCGCCUGGGCAUUUUUGGGUUCUUGGCCUUUGGCUUCGUCUUCAUCACUUUUGGCUGCCACUUCUAUGACUUCUUCAACCAGGCAGAGUGGGAACGCAGCUUCCGGGAAUAUGUCCUGUGUGAAGCCAACGUGACCAUCGCCACGCAGACCAACAAGCCCAUCCCAGACUGUGAGAUCAAGAACCGGCCCAGCCUCUUGGUGGAGAAGAUCAACCUCUUCGCCAUGUUCGGCACCGGCGUCUCCAUGAGCACCUGGGUCUGGACCAAGGCCACCCUGCUCAUCUGGAAGCGCACCUGGUGCAGGCUGACAGGGCAGAGCGACGACCAGCCCAAGAGGAUCAAGAAGAGCAAGAUGAUCGCCAAGGCUUUCUCCAAGCGCAAGGAGCUGCUGCGUGACCCCGCCCAGGAGUUGUCCUUCAGCAUGCACACCGUGUCACACGAUGGCCCCGUGGCUGGGUUAGCGUUUGACAUCAAUGAGCCGUCGGCUGACGUGUCCUCAGCCUGGGCCCAGCAUGUCACCAAGAUGGUGGCCAGGAGAGGAGCCAUCCUGCCCCAGGACAUCUCCGUCACACCCGUAGCAACACCUGUGCCACCAGAGGAGAGGGCCAACCUCUGGGUGGUGGAGGCCGACCUCUCCCCCGAGCUGCAGAAACGCAGCGGCCGCAAGAAGAAGCGGAGGAAGAAGAAGAAGAAAGAGGAGGAGGAGGAGGUGUCCCCAGGUCCUCAACCCUGCCUCGGGGGGUCCGCAGCCCCUCUGGCCUCCAGCACCGUCCCUCGCCUGCCCCGGCUGCCCCCCCAGCCUUGCCAGGUCACCUUCACCCCUGAGGUCCUCCCGGGUCUCCCACCUGAAGCCGCCUUCACCCGUGUUCCAUGGGAUGGGCACCGCAGAGCCAACAUCUUCCACCUCAUCAGCAACCCCUUCUGCCCCGAGAGCGGGUCCCUGGAGGAGGAGGAGAGCCCCGGCCCCAGCAGCGGGCAUUGGCAGCACAACGGGGGUCCCCUGCGGCCCCUGGGGCCCCUGCCCCAUGGUGGGGGGACAAGGACUCGGGGCCACCGGGCCACCUUGGCCCCCAUCCACUCUCGGACCAACCUCGUGGACGCCGAGCUGCUGGACGCUGAUUCGGACUUUUGA